CCACACACACACACACACACACACACACAGAACACAGAAGGUGAAAAUGAACAAAGAAAUAAACAACAACGAUGUAUACAAGCACACACACACACCUGCACUUACACUUGCAACAAACACUCUAACCCCUCCCUCCAAGCACUGCCACUCACGCACCACCCACACUCAUCCGUAGAAUCUCCAUCGUAGAAUCUCCAUAGAUCGAAGCUUAUCAUAGAUCUCUCUCUCCCUGUCUUUUGCUGUUCUUCUAUUGUUCUGUCUCUGCCUCUUUUGUUGCAUGCGGCGGCCCCCUCAAACAUCUAACAAUGGCUUUAGUCUGUCUCCUACUCUCUUCAUGCGCUCAUGCCUAGCUUAUGCACCCUUCCAUCUUCCAUUCUCCAUCUUCCAUCUGGGCUUCUGAGCAGCUUAAAUCUAUUAUAUCUAAAACCCGCCUCUAUCCCAUAUCUAUCCCUCAACCGCAACCAUACGUAAACCCAUCUACACAUCCAAACCAUUGAGUAUCUUCUAAUCCAAGAGUUCUUUGUGUUCUUUGCGGUGUAAAUGUAACUAACUUUGUCCCCCACAACCCUGUUGUUCUUGUUGUCUGUUGCUGUUGUUGUUGGUCCCUGGUCUGGGCACAGAAUUAUGCUAAUCUCGCCUUCUCUCUCGUCUCUCUUCUCCGCCUCCGCUCUGUCUGCUUCGAUCAAAAUCAGUUUUGUGCUGAGAGAACUGGGACAUGCCGACAAGCUGCCGAAAAUGCCCAAUAACAACGCCCUGGCUGGACUCUGUGACGGGAUGGUCAAGGCCUGGGACAUCUAUGCCAAGCCGCAGGCUGUGAUCCUAUUCAUCAUCGAGGAUGUGUCCUACAACAUCUGCGACCAGCGCUUCCACGAGUUCUACAUACGGGAGACCUAUCCCCAUAUCAAGGUGCUGCGUCGCACCCUCACCGAUGUUCAUCGCGAGGGAAAACUCGGCUUGAACAAGGAACUCCUGCUGAGUGGCCUUGAGGUAGCUGUGAUCUACUUCCGUGCCGGUUACGAGCCCGGACACUAUCACUCGCAGGACGAGUGGGAUGCCCGCUACCUGAUGGAGACAUCGCUGGCCAUCAAGUGCCCGUCCAUCCAGUACCAUCUAGCGGGGACAAAGAAAGUACAGCAGGCACUGGCCCAGCCGGCGGUGCUGGAACGCUUCAUCAACGAUCCGGAGGAGAUCAAGGCGGUAGGCAAGAUCUUUACUGGUCUCUACUCGCUGGACGACAACGAUGCAGGCAAUGCCACCUACGAGAUGGCACUGCGCACACCCGAGAAGUUUGUGCUCAAGCCGCAACGCGAGGGCGGUGGCAAUAAUGUCUAUGGGCUGGACAUUCCAGACGCCCUCAAGCGUAUGUCGCGCGUUGAGCGCUCGGGCUGGAUCCUAAUGGACCUCAUACAUCCGCCCUUAACCAAGGGCUACAUGGUGCGUCCAGGCGCCGAGAUGCCGCCCACCAUUGUGGACAUGGUCUCCGAACUGGGAAUCUUUGGGGUGGUCAUCGGCGACGCUGACCAUAUCAUUCACAACUAUCAGGCCGGUCACAUGCUCCGCACCAAGCUGGCAACGGCCAACGAGGGCGGCGUGGCCGCCGGCCUGGGUGCCCUGGACAGUCCCUAUUUGAUCGACAGCGACGACGAGGACGAGAACUAGAUGCAGUCCACCAAUCGAGCGGCAUUCCACCAGUGGCCCCAAGCGUGUAUAGAGAAAAGUUAUUUUUUUAAAGUAUAUUGUACAUUUACCACCCUACCCCCCCACACCCUACCAACACAAAUAUGUCCGUGCUGUCUCAGUUGCAAUAAAACGUAAAUUUAUCAAAUAUA